CAGAAACAGAGAACUGAAGUUUUUUUCAAGGGAAAACCUAAGAAAAGUCCCAUGAAAUAAUAAAGAAUUGUCUCAAGUGCCACUUUGAUAAUAUGCCGACUUGAACAACUAAAUUGGCAGAAGAAAUGUGCACGAGGUGUAACUGUUUGUAGAUAAACAAAGUACAGAAACAGUAGCUUUCUAGUUCUUAUUUGAAUAUAUAUCAACUUAAAUGAACUCCAUUUAGUGUCCAUGAUGUCAGAUUCGGAAGAAAAGCUAGAUGACCUUCACCAGUCUAUUCUUAGUUUAUGUGGUGCUGACGUAACAGUCAUAGAGGUAAACAAUGAAAGUCCAAGGAAGUCUGAGAAUCAGGAAAAGGGUAGCCAAGAAUCAAGUACCUUUGUUCCUGAUAUUGGAAAAUCACCAUCCAAGUCUGAAAGUUCAACUUUGUACAGCUGUUCUGAAUUUGACACUGUAGACGAAACAUCAUGCUCUGAUGAUAUGUAUACCACAACUAGUGAAGAAAUGUCUGGCUGGAGCCCGCCAAAAUCUCUCCGUAAAAGUGAGCUUUUACUUAUGCAAACUAUGGAUGAAACCGAUGGAGAUGUUACUAUUUCAGAUGGGUUAAAACAGUCUCAGAAUAAUACUAAAAAUAAAAUUGAAAAUUUGGGAAAGGGAGCUUAUACUCCAGCUUUAGGUUUAUCACCUAUUAAAGACUUUGAAAAGGAUCCAGGAUUCUUGCUGUCAGAACCUGCAACACCUUCAUUUCUAGAUUCUGGAAAAUUCUCCAAGUUUGCACAGAGUACACCUCUACAUGCAGCACUUACAAAAGUGGCAGCAUCAAACAAUCUGCAAGUGAUAAAAGAACAGAAAAAAGAUAGAAAUGAAAAUGAAAGUAGAAAUUUUGCCAAAUCAGGAAGUAAAAAGAUAUCAAUGUUCCAAAAUGAUGAAUCAGAGCUUUCGAAUAUGGAUUUUGAUGAAUUGCUCUCCGAUACUUUUAAAUUAUGUAAGGGAAGUGACGAUGACUGGGAUAAAUUUUUUCACGAUACAAAAAUGCUACCCAGAAGAUCUCCGUCUUUUGACCAUGAGGUAAACGAAGAAGAUAGAGAAAAGCAAAUUGAUGACAAAACAAGCUUAAAAGAAUGGAAAAUGUUGUAUGCUAAUGAUGAUACACAAGGUCAGAGUGGUGAAAAUCAGAAAACAAGCACCAUUUAUAAUACUCAAAUGGAUGAGUCCCAACUUGACACAACAAUCAUAGCAAAAAAUGAAACACUUGAUUCCAAGAAAAGCGAAAUUCAUGCAAAUAUGUUUGACAUUUCUAAACAACAGAACAAAAAUGAAACACCAGAUGAUAAUGAAAGUAGAAAAGAUGGAAACUCUUGUGCUAAAGAAACAGCAUCCGAUUUAAAGGGCAGUAGUACUGCUGACAAAAACCUGCCAAUGUCAAAAGACUCAAAUCAAAAUAUUCCUUCAACUUCAAAAGACUCAAAUCAGAAUAUUCCUUCAACAUCAAAAGACUCAAAUCAGAAUAUUCCUUCAACUUCAACUUCGAAAUGUUCAGAUCAGAGCUAUAUUCCGGCCCCUUCUAAGGGUCAAGAACAUAAUUUAAGUAAGAUCAAUAUGGAAAGCUUCUUUUCCAAUGAAUUAAAGUCAAAAGAACAGGGAAGAUUUUCUAAUUUAACUACAUCACUGUUAUCAGACAUUGACAUAACGGAAGACGAAUCGGAAGUGGAUGUUUCGAAUUCAGAAGACGUUCUUGGAUUAAAUAAUUUUACAUACAGUGAAGCAGACGACAUUGAUCUAGAUGAUGAAGACGAGGCUACAUUAUUGGACGAGACAAUCACAGACUUACCAGAGUCCAUAAAAAAUAAAUAUAGAUUGCAAGAACAGAUAUCUAUUUUACUUCAACCAGAUAAGGCCAUUGAUCAUGUUGAUAAAAACAAAACUGUUUGUGAAAAAGAGGCAACCAUUGCUCCCACUGAUGUAAAUAAAAAUUUCAUGAAAACUUCUGAUGAUAAUAAAGAGAAAAUUUUGGAUGCGGUAGAAAAGGUAGAUGCAGAGGUCAAGGAAACUGAGGUCAAGGUCACAGAGGUCAAGAUCACCGAUGAAGAAAAACCAGAAAUUGAAAAAGUUACUGGUAAAAUUGACUAUGAGGCUGAAAGGAAAUAUUUUGAUAUACAAAGCCCCGAAGUAAGAGAUAUAAUUAAUCAGUGGGAAAGCAAAGGAAUUCAAGAUCCAAAUACAAAUUUGUCUUUUGCCUCAAACAUCCGCAGUAAGAACCACAUUAAAAAAGGAAUGCUUGAAGGAACUCAUUUAACAUGUAUAUGGCUACAGGAAUCUGUUGAAGCAGAAAAGAACUGCUCUUCACCAAUGAAAAAGAGGCAAAAACUUGAUAGUGAGGCUCACACUAGACAAGAUAUAAUGAAUCUAGAACAAGAAUUCAGUGAAAUUCAAUUUAGACACCAGGCGAGCUUAAAUGGAUUACUGCAAGAAUGGGAAUAUGAGAAAGAAAAUCUAGAGGGAAGAAAAAAGCAGUUAAGAUGUAGACAAACAAUGGAAAUGAAGGAAAAUUAUGUAAGGUUCAGAUUUAUAAAUAUACCUAUGUUUAAAAUGAAUGUUAUGAGAUUGCAUAGUGAGCAUACACAACAGUUGCUGCAAUGUAAGGCUAUGUGUGAUGCAGAACUUGAAAAAAUUAGACAUAUUUUUCAGAGGCGAGAGUUUGAUAUUGAACGAAAUUUUAAUCAUAGAAAAGCACAGUUAAGGUCUUUAAUUGAACAGAUUAAGCACGUUAAAUCGGAUGGCAAGUAUGGCCACCAUGUUACUGCUCAAUUUGUCAAAGGACCUUGUCGGUCAAAUAAGAACACUCGGUCGUUGGUAGAGGUAUAUGUUCCAGCUGCUGUGGCUAAGUGUAUUUUAAGGGAAGAUGAAACCUUUGAUUCAUUUUAUAAGUAUGCUUAGCAUCAGUCAUUCAAUACUCAACUUUGAUAAAUAUCCUCAUUUAUAGUCCCCUUGGUAUAACAUACAUGCGGUAUAUGUAAGGGAAGAUGAAACAUUUGAUUCAUUUUAUAAUAAUGCUUAGAAUCAGUCAUUUAAUACUCAGCUCUGAUAUCCACAGUUAUAGUCCCCUUUUUACAUGAGUUAUCUGCCCCUUAAAUAUACAUGUAUUCAUGAUCAUAUUGAUUACCAGUAUUAUUUUGUGUACUCUAUCCUGUCCUUGCAUUUAAAGGUUUAUGGUUUUUUGAGGUGCUCCUGAUUUUCUCUAUCCUGUCCUUGCAUUUAAAGGUUUAUGUUUAUCGUGGUGCUCCUGUUUUUCUCUAUAUUGAAAAAUUAAAUGCAUUUAAAUAGACGUAGAUAUACACUUAUAUAAAGAUGACAAUGUU